GGUCUGGUGUUAUCUCGUGGCCAGCCCGCUCACCGGAUUUGAAUCCAUUAGAUUUUUUUUAUUGGGGGGCAGUCAAGGAAAAUGUUUACCUAAAACCGGUAGAAAACAUAAAUCAACUCCGAGAGAGAAUUACAGAGGCAGUCGAAUUUUUUAACAACGGAAGAAUUGCGCGAGACGUAUCACGAACUUUUAUAAAGAGAUGUCGUGCCUGUAUAGCGGCUGAAGGACGGCAAUUUGAACACCUUUUGUAAAAAAAAAACGCAUUAUUAUGACUUUUUUCAUCUUAAUUAACCACUUUCUCAAAAUCAACACUGACGUUAAAAAACGAAUAAAACCUGCAUAAUGUGCGAUAUGACGUGCACCAAAUAAUUGCCUGGUGGGUGCGAGCCUUUAAGGUACACCUAAAGCAUACUAGAAUAAAGGAGAUUUUGGACAAUCUCCUUUAGCUGGCUAUUUUUAAACAGGUUGCUCAACAAAAAUGUAAUUUACCAAUAACUUUAUUUAUAUUUUAGUAAAUGUCUGAUGCUAAUAACUUUGUAUCAAUUAGCACUAUAACAUGCACAUUUAUUUUAGUAUUUGUUAUGAUAACCAAGUCAGUUGGCUUUGAAUUUGACUUCAGUGCUGUCAAUCUGUUGUGUUUUUCGUCAAAAUGACAGAUAUUAUUCGCUUUGUUCUUUUGCAUUGUGAGUGUUGUUUUUCUAAGUCUUAUUGCAAUUACUUCGGUUUUCCGCAAUGGAUUCUGAUUCUUCACUAUUCACGACCCUGGCAGUUUCUUGGACCCUGAAUCUUGUAUUUAUGACGAACCUGGCACAUCUACGGACACUGUACCUCGCCCUAACGAUAACCCCGGCAUUAAUGUGGACCUCGUGAACUUGGAUCCCGUGUUUACUCACGGUGAUAUGUUGACUAGUGAAGAGACAACGCAGCGCUGCGUUAAUUGUGGAAGCGAUUUAUGUCAAAGGAGGCGACAUAUUCUUACACGAACGGAUGUGCGGUUAAUUGUACAACAUUGGGUUGCUCCUCGUUUGGUAAGUUUUAUUACCAUUUCAAUAUCAUUUACAAUAUGUACGCUUAUAAUAUGUAUGUUCUAUGUUUUGAUAUCAAUGUUUUGAUUUGUUUAGAUUGACGACGAUAGUUUAGUUUGCCAUCCUUGUUGGACUGUGGCUAUUCAUUAUUCGAGGACGCAAAUAAUAAACGACAACUAGCAGUGGUCAUCAACGAAUCACCUGUGUCUGCUGUGGAUGCUCUUUGCUACGGACGAGAUCACAUAGGCUGCAUACUGAGACGGAGAGAGAAUCUCGUAUUAGGAAUAUGGUGAUUGAACAGAUAGCUCCUCGUCAAGUAAGUAUUUUAAAUAAUUAUUUAUUGUAUGUAUUGUGUAGUUAAUGUCAAAUCUCAUUGACCUCAUAAGAAGACUUUCUCAGUUCACUUUUGUACUGAUCCUGGUACAUAGCACAAUAAACUUAUUUACAAAAAUAUGGUGUUUUAAUGGACACAACAGUAUGUAUUUAUUAUUUAUUUUGUUUUAGUUGCAUGGAUCUGACCAGAUCUGUCAUAUCUGCUGGCAACGAGUAGAUCGAGCUGCUGUACGUUCCACAGAGGCUGAAAGUCGUGCAUCGGAUAGAUCAACUAUCUUCUUGCCUUUGUACACUAGAGAAUCAAGCAAUCAAAGCUGCUGCCGAAAGGCUAGCUGUUCCUAAAUGGCUAAGGAUAAUGUUAUUCAUAGACUUUAAAUUCUAUGUGCCACAAAGUUGUAGAAUAUGCUCAGUACAUUUGUACAGUAAUGAUUGGGAAGUUCUCACUGAAAUCCAGCCACCCAUUCAUAGUUUUAAUGCAGAUCACAUCCAGGAUUUUGCAUCGUUUGCAGAAGAGUGUCAACUUAUCCUGGAUUUCAAUAAUAUACAUAGAUUCAAUGUCAGAUGAACUUUGCCAUUAUUGGAUUGGAUUGGAUUGGAUUGAGCAAAGAGCAAUUUAGACAACUGUUUUUAAAAUUGCCAGGAAUGCAAAAUAUUCGCUAAAAUAAAGUGGUACUUGGUGCCUAUCUCAUUAAAUUACGAACAGGUGAUAGUGAUCAAAGGAUCUCAACACUUUUGAAUAUACCUCGGACUACAUUAAUGAGGUUAAUGGGUCAAGCUAGACAAAUAAUAAACCGUGUAUUAGUUCCUAACAACUUAGGAAUCAAACCAUAUUACUAGAGCACAAAUAUCAGAAAGGAAUUUGAUAAUACCUAAUGGUUUAUUUGGAGGUGAAAAUAGGCAACCUAUUAUAAUUAGUGAUGGGACAUAUGUGUACAAAAGGCCUCAAAUUAUAUGUACCAAAAAGAUACAUAUUCAUUACACAAGUAUAGGAACUUGAUGAAGCCUUUACUUAUGGUUUGUUGUGAUGGAUACAUUAUAGAUGUAUUAGGCCCCUAUCCAGCUACAACAUCAGUGGGCCUAGACAAGUGGCACAAACGAUAUUAGAAUAGAAUAGAAUAGAAACCUCAAUGUAUGGGAUUAAGAUAGCGUACGCUUUGUAAUUUGAUCUACGAAUAGAAGUUGAGCCAAAUGUCAUUAUAAUCUAUUCCUUCAAACGAAACGCCGGAGAAGUACAUAGUUAGCGAACAAAAACCAAGCCAAAUGGCAGUUUUGACAGUAGAUUUGACUGUUAGCGAACGUCAACUAGGCGUACACCAAACACUUGUAGAUUGCUUGUAGAAAACGCUACAAAAUGGCGGAUUUUUGAUCAGCUGGUGGAAGUGUAUGAUGUUACUGUUUGUUUCUAAAGUAAAAAAAUAUUUUCUAUUAAAAUGCAUCACUUAAGAUUAUUUUGGGCAGCGCAUAACGAAGAAUUAUGGCUCAGGCAACAUCGAAGAAAUGUUUGCAGAAGUAAUUUAGAAAAAAUUAGUGAAAUGCCGGAGGUGUUAUUUAUAGAAAGGUUUCGUUUAGACAAACUUACUUUUAGAAUGCUUUGUCGUGAUUUGCGUCGUCAUACCUCAUUACGAGGAACCAGAGCGAUUCCUUUGGAAAUAAAGGUGCUAUGUACGCUAAGCUACCUAGCUAAUGGGUCGUACCAGAGGCCCGAGGGUGUCAUCCAGCAUUUGCCUCAGCGUACAGCAAGUCGUUGUAUACGACAGGUUGUAGAGGCACUGAAUAGCAACUAUAUGUUGAAGAAUAUUCAGUUUCCUCAAACACAACAAGAAAGGUCAAGGAUAAGACAAGAGUUCCAGAGAAAAUUUAAUUUACCUGGUGUAAUUGGCUGUAUUGACUGUACCCAUAUAGCUAUAGUUAAACCACAUCACGAUGAACACCAAUUUUUUAACAGGAAAGGAUACCAUUCUUUAAAUGUUCAAAUGAUUUGUGACAACAAUUUGAAAAUACUCAAUGUUAAUGCAAAAUAUGGUGGAGCAACACAUGACUCCUUUAUAUGGGCAUCCAGUCAAGUGGAAAGAUACAUGCGUGAACUUCAUCAACGUGGUGAACAGACUUGGCUAUUAGGUGACUCUGGAUACCCUCAAAGAAGCUGGCUAAUGACGCCAGUAUUAAACGCCGCACCUGGUUCUCGAGCAGAGGUAUACACCACACGACAUGUUCAAGCAAGAAAUUGCAUUGAACGUUGUUUUGGUGUACUCAAAGCACGUUGGAGGUGCGUGCUCAAGGAUCGGGUUCUCCAUUAUCAUCCUCACGUUGCAAGCAAGAUUGUAAUGGCGUGUUGUGUCUUGCAUAACAUUGCGUUAAAAGCUCGUUUACCACCACCAGUUGAUACAGAGGAGCAACAUGAUUCUGCUGACAAUGAAGCAUGGCAAGCUGGUCCUGCAUUUCCCAGCAGCCAAGAAGAGCUGAUGCAAGGCAGGACAAUACGAGAUUGCUUAAUAAAUAGACUAUAGGUUACCUUUAUCAUAAAGUAUAUUUAAUAAGCUAUGCCAGUUAUAUUAAAAUGUACAAAUUUUAGUUUUUAAUUUCGAAUAUGUAUAAAUUCUAAUUUUUAAUCUCGUUUUUAUUUAAUUUUAUUUUCAUUGUACUUAAUAAAAAAAUUAUAAUGUGUAU